UCCACCCCUGCCUCAGUUUUAACAGCCGCGAGCGCAGCAGCAAAACCCAGCGCCAGCAGCGGAAUCCCAACCCACAAAAACAUAUCUCCUCGAUUGCUGUGCCUUCACUGUGGGUGCAGGUUUGGGUGCUCCCGGUUUCGGUCCCUUUUAUCUUUUCGAUGUCGCAUAAGCGGCAACCUGCAGAGGAGGAGAAAGCGACGUCCGGCGGGGGCUCCGAUGAGAAGCGGCAGAAAGUUCCCGCUCUCAAAGAGUAAUCACUCACCCGAUUGCUUGUUUGAUUCUUAUUUAUUUUUUGCUAUUUUUGGCGAAUUUUUUUGGAUUUUUUUGGGGGGUUUAUUUAGGGUUAUAGUGGAGGCCUUGAAGAUGAAUCGAGUGCAGAAGUUGUUGGCAGCUCUGGAGCCCUUGGUUCGAAGAGUUGUAAAAGAAGAAGUUGAGUUGGCUCUAGCAAACCAUUUAGCUAGCUUGACACGACAAUCUGAAAAACAAGUAUAUCCAUCUACUUCACGAACUUUACAGCUACAAUUCAGAAACAAGCUUUCUCUUCCAAUAUUCACGGGCACUAAAAUUGAAGGAGAGGAAUCUAGUGCAAUAAGUAUUGCAUUAGUGGAUAGUUUGACUGGUCAAAUUGUUGAGUCAGGUUCAGAGUCCUCGAUGAAGAUUGAAGUGAUUGUCCUAGAAGGAGAUUUUGAAGGCAGCGAAGAGGAUAAUUGGACCUUUGAGGAAUUCAAUAACAAUGUAGUUAGAGAAAGGGAAGGCAAGAGAUCAUUACUCACUGGCGAUCUGUUUCUGGAACUCAAUGAAGGGGUUGGCAUAGUUGGGGAAAUUUCAUUUACUGAUAACUCUAGUUGGACAAGGAGUCGCAAAUUCAGGCUAGGGGCAAGGGUAGUUGAUGGUUACUUCAAUGGAGUUAGAGUAAGAGAAGCCAGGACUGAGGCGUUCAUGGUUAAGGAUCAUCGUGGAGAAUUGUAUAAGAAGCACUAUCCUCCACUACUGUGGGAUGAGGUAUGGCGCCUGGAGAAAAUCGGAAAGGAUGGUGCUUUCCACAAGCGACUGAGCAGUGAGAAUAUCAACUACGUGAAAGAUUUCUUGACCCUACUCUCCACAGAUGCCCCAAGGCUCCGAAAUAUUCUGGGCAACGGCAUGUCAGCUAAGAUGUGGGAUGCUACUAUUGAACAUGCUCGGACUUGUAUAGUCCCAAAUCAGAUGCACGUCUACUUUGCAAAUUGCAGUCCAGAAAGAAAUUCUGAAACCGGCGUUGUAUUCAAUGUAGUGGGAGAAGUGAUGGGCCUCUUGUUGCAACACCAGUUCAUCUCUGUUAAUGAUCUCUCUGAGGUUCAAAAGGCAGAUGCACAUAAUCUCGUAAAACUCGCAUUGGAGCAUUGGAACGAUGUUGUAGUCUAUAACAACGUUGGUAACAGCCCUUUGAACAUGGGCGCCCUUCCAAGUUCCUUCACUACUGAGAGCAACAGACACCCUUUUCAAGAUAACAUUUAUUGCCCAAGUCCUGCCAAUAUCGGAAGCUUCGGUUUUUGUCCUCCGCCUGACGAUAUCUUUAGAGGGAGCUCGGGAGCAGAGUUAGAGACAAUCUCUAACCCUCUGAUGCUGGAUGAAUGUAUAGAAAGUCAAACAUUACUCUUUAGCGAAGAAGACAGUUUACAUCAAUAUCUCGAUUCUGAUUUGUUAUCUCCAAGCCUUGUUGCUGUUGGUUCACCAGCAGAUCUGGGGACUGCAGUGACGGGGUUUCUUGCAAUGUCGGCUAGAUCAGCUGCCCGUGAUAAGGCUAAUACAGUCUGGGGGACAUUAGUGUCUGUUUUGAGGUGGAGGUGUUCUAUAAAGAAGAUUGUUGCUAUGAAGAGGAGAGUACAUCAAAAGGAGAUAUUUGGGUGAGUAAUAUAUACAUGCAAAAGGACUAGAGUCAUAGGAAGAGAAUAAAAAGGGUGAGAUGAUCUCCAAUGCGGUUGAUAUUGGUGAUAUUUUGCAGCAUCAGGAGCUCUUGGUGUAUAUUAUAGCACUCUGGAUGUAAAGGCUCUUUUUAUCCUUUUUUUCUUUCCUGGUUGAAAGUUUUUGCUUCUUGUUUUUUUUCUUUUUCUGGGAAAGAAAAGGUUUGUACACCUUAAGAUGUUAUGUAUAGGUUUAUUAGAAGAGGUUCGAUUUGUGAAUAUGCCAGUCGUCUCUGUAAUUUUUUGAGUAUAAUGAGCGUAUCAUGAUUUUAUUCUGGUUAUCAACUUUUAUACCGACUAGCAAUCCGAAAAGAGAGGGGUUUAGUGUGACUCAGUGCAUACUUGCAAGUAUGUAUGCGUCGAUAGAAAAUAAAAAAGACAGUUGUACGAGAGAAUUAAUCUGGAGCUGUAUGUUUCGCUCCAGUAUGAGUUGUAUUGUUAGUUC